AUGGCGUUCAACUUCAACUGGUCGCCGCUCAUAGCGGACACCGACCGAGUGCGCGACAUGCUCACCAACGCCUUGAACAAAUCGCCAAAGCCGCCCAUCAUCGUCGACGACAUCGUGGUCAACGAGCUGAAUCUGGGCUCGACACCGCCGGAACUCGAGAUCUUGGAGAUUGGGGACUUGGCCGACGACAGGUUCCGUGGCAUAUUCAAGAUGAGCUACGCGGGCGAUGCAUACCUGACGCUAAAGACGAGGGUGCAAGCGAAUCCGCUCAAUACCUAUCUCUCAACCAAGCCGAGCUUCGCAAGUCCUCAGCCACUUGCGGCGAAUAGCAGCCUCACGAUACCCAUCCAGAUCACGUUGUCAGACAUCCGACUGUCGGGAUUUGUCAUUCUGGUCUUCUCCAAGCAGAAAGGCGUGACAAUAGUGUUCAGAAACGACCCGCUGGAGAAGCUCAAGGUCUCGUCGACAUUCGACUCGAUACCCUUUGUGCGCGACUACCUUCAGAAGACCAUCGAGAAUCAGCUGCGAAUACUGUUUAUGGAAGAUCUGCCGGCCAUCAUACACAGAUUAUCCCUGCGUGUCUUUGAUCCACAGUAUCAGACUGCCGAGAAUCAGGAGCCUAAGAAGCCCGAGGACGACAGCCUAAAACCGAUCGAUCCGUUCGCCAGCCCAGCGCAACAAGGCAUCGAUGGCGAGGACGAUCUCGGCGCACCCUUUUCACUCGAUCCUCCUGCCGAAAUGUAUGCAUCUUUCUCGCAGAAGAACAUGAUCCGGCUUGCGACACUCACCGAAAGCCAGCGGACGCUUAGUUUAUUUACGCCCAGCAUCAGAGACACAGUAUACCGGGCAUGGGCGAGCGCGGCGCAACGGGAAGAGAGUAGCAACGGUACUAACACACCAUCCCGGCCGGUCACCCUGUCGCGCCUUCAGUCUUCCAUCAUGUCCCACGGCACACAAUCAUGCGCGACCUCACAAGUAUCUGGGGCCGGUUCCGAGGCGACUAGGCCUAGUUUUGCGAGCAUGCACACGGGAUCGGUGUAUAGCUUGGGCAGCAGCGCCUCGAGGACGCGGCCAAAGAAGAGGAAGAACAGAGUGGUCAAUCUGCGAAAGAACAAAGCGGAUAACGACACCAGCGAGGUUGCCAGUACCUCCAGUGGCUACGACGAUAGCGCGAGUCGGACACAUAGCGACGCGCGGUCAAGCGUUCUGCGAAAGAGCACAGAAGAGUCAACAGCGCCUAGUAGUGCACCGCGCGAGGGCGAGAUCACAACACCACCGCGAAGCCCACAAAAGAAGAGAGUCGGCUUCAACAACCAGGAUACAAACGAGAUCAACGUGCAACGAUCGCGUCCGCGCACACCAGCGAAGCCAUUGGAGACUGCAGUCGACACGGACCCCACGCCGCGACAAUCGAUGUACCUUCCCGAGAAACCUGCCAAGCCUGUUCGCCCAUCGAUGAAUCAGCUCCCUCGAAUGCAGUCAUUUCCAUCUCGAUCCCCAUCGCCUGAGCUUCGGCGGAGCUCGGCAGCUGACAUUCGGAGGUCCUCUUCGGAGCUGAAACUACAGCACUUGAUGGGUGCGUUCAACGAGGGCAGCAGUGGUGGCAUCUUGGAGCAAGCCUGGAUGCAAAAGAUGGCCACGGAGAUUGCAAGGAAAGUCGAGAUGGAGAGAGCGAAGCAGAGAGCGUGGCCUUCGACCACCAGUGAAGAUGACUUGGCGGAGAGAAGUGAGGCGCCGCCUGCUUAUGUCUCGUGA